AUGCAGUUCGCUUUACCUCCGCGGAGGAAUCUCCACGCUCCCUACUCGGGAGCUCCCCGGUUUACGUUUCAGCGCAAGAGACACCUCAAAGCCGCCGCCAUCCUUGGACUCUCUCUUCUCGCGGUCUUCUUUCUUCUGUCACAGCUCUUUUACUCCAGCACAGGAACGACAGCCGUACCGGUCGGGACACCGAGCGUCGUUAUAGUCACUGUUCUAGACCGGGCGUUGUGGAGUGACGACUAUAUCCAGAAAAUCAUCAAGAACAGAGAAGACUAUGCCAAACGACACGGCUACACCAACUUCUUCGCAAACUGGUCGGACUAUGAACCCUCGCUGGAGGGUGCCCCCCGAAGCUGGGGUGUGGUGCCCGCCGUCCGCCAUGCGAUGGCAUCGCAUCCCUAUUCGAAGUAUUUCUUUCACCUCGACGCGCAUGCGCUCAUCAUGAACCCUAACAAACCGCUGGAGUCGCAUCUUCUCGCCAAGAGCCAGCUCGAGUCGCUGAUGCUCAGGGAGGUGUCGGUGGUCCCGCCAGACAGCAUCAUCAAGACGUUUGCGCAUCUCAAACCUGAGGAUAUCGACUUGAUCAUAUCUACCGACAAGGAGGACCUGGCUUCCGGAAGCUUCGUGCUCAAGCAAGGCGAAUUCGCCCGGUUUUUUCUCGAUAUCUGGUUUGACCCGCUUUAUCGCCAGUAUAACUUUGCAAAGGCGGAGAUUCAUGCUUUGGUAAGUGACCUUUGGGUGGUUAUUCCUCGUACCCGCAAUGCACACAUGCUGCAGAGACUGACUGCGCCUUUCAGGACCACAUUGUUCAAUGGCAUCCUACGGUGCUUGCCCGGCUGGCACUGGUUCCUCAACGGGUCAUCAACGCUUACAGCAAAGACUCCACGGGAGCCAGCCUAG